CGAACAGAAUGCAGUUACGAUGCAGACAGCGACCAUCGACGGAAGGGCGCACUGAAACGAGACAUACAGUCGCUGCAACAGCAGAAUGAUGCGCUGGACGUGAUCGUUGCUUCCCUGCGCAGUCUUCCGGAAGCCGAAUCGAUAGCCCUACUCCAUAGCUUGCGAGGCCAUGUCAACCCAGAUGCGCUCGCCGAACAAUUACGGAGCAAUGUACGACUGCCUCCAAAUUAUGCCCCGCAGACGCUGGAAGCAGACUUUGCUCAACAGAUCACGACACCUAGCAGCGCUACCUUCGAGAACACCACUUUUACCCCAUCUCUAUCGAGGGACGAUUCCGGCGAGGAUAGCAUCCCCUAUCAAUCUUCAGUCAGCUCGGAGCAAAGCACGCCAUGGUUCGGUAAACCUCAGGACGCAGAGUUUGUCGAGCAUCUCUUAUCUCUUUACCAAUGUUGGGUCCAUCCUUUCUACGCAUUUGUAUCAUGGGACCACUUCUUGCAUGAUAUGGGACGCGGCAGGACCGAUUAUUGCAGUGCUCUGCUCGUGAAUGCCAUGCUAUCUUUCGCGUGUCACUACUCGGAUCGGCCGCUCGCAAGGACUGAUCCCACCAAUGCAGAGACGGCCGGCAAUCACUUCUACGCCGAAGCGAAGCGGAUACUGGACUCGAUCGAUCGACCGUCCCUGACUACGGUCCAAGCUCUUGGAAUUAUGAGUCUGCGUGAGACAUCUGCUGGUCGUGACUCGAAUGGCUACCAACUGGCGGGUCGAUGUGUGCGAAUGGCGAUCGAGCUUGGACUGCAUCUUUCCGUGGUGAAAAAUGGCCUGCGAUCGACCGAGGGCGAGGUUCAGAAGGUUACGUUUUGGGCCGUAUUCAAUCUGGAAACUCUUUGUGCCGUUGGAUUUGGACGGCUCUCUCAGCUUCCACGAGCAGCUGCGGAUAUCGAAACGCCUUCAGCAAACUCCAGAUCCGAGACGAAGACGUGGCGUCCGUACGAAGAUACGAACUUUUCGUUGAGCCCUAGCGCCGAGCAGCCAGCCAGAACAAUGCUCUUCAACGAUCGAUUCAGCAAGCUUUCCGAGUUGGCUAGCGAUAUGGUCAACACUUUCUACGCCCCAAGAGAACGCUUCACGAGCCGGAAGCUCGCGGCAACUUACGCUCAAUAUCAAGCGUGGUACCAGAAUCUGCCAGACGUGUUCCGUCUGGAGAACACGUCCUUACCACAUGUGCUCGUGCUGCACAUGUAUUACUAUGGCUGUGUACUCCAUCUUUUUCGACCGUACAUCAAGCUCGAUCUGAGUGCAGCAAAUCUUUUCCCGCACGACACAUGCACAUUCUGCGCCAAUGAGAUCUCCAAGCUGAUGAACGCUCUUCGCGCCAUGUACGGCCUCCGGCGCGUGUGCUUAGCGGUUACCAGCUUGUUACUCUCGGCAAGUACCAUCCACUUGCUCAAUCUUCCCUCCGAAUCAGCACCGCUUCGCUGCCCGCGCAGUUGAUAUCAUCAGAUCACUUUCCAGCAAAUGGAAUAUUGCUCUCCCAGAAGGCGCGGCCACCGUAGCAGCAUAUCGCUUGGGCAUUCAAAGAGACGUGGCAUCUCCCCCUCCGUCCACAUUCUAUGCUGCGUCGAUCCCGCGAAAACGAUCCUCGGAGGGUCGCAACCGAUCGAACGAGUCUACUGUGCAUGAGUCUCCCUUUACGCCGCCUGCUCAGCAUCCGCAUCAACAGAUACACAACCAGCAGCGGGCACCAACAUCAGUACCUACAUUUUACAGCGAUCCACAGACUCAGCUGGAUGCGAGUCAAGCACAAAUGGCUUUUUGGACUCCAUUUCCCACGCAAGUCAUGCCGAUCGCGCAACACGCUCUGGGCCCGGCGAUGCUGGACAUCUCCCAGUUCGGCGGCCAUCAGCCGUGGCCUUCAUUUGGGGCUCCUCCCACAGAACAGACGCCGUACAGACACCAAUCCGACCCAGGCCACGUUGACGAAAACAUGAGCGGAAUGGAGAAUUGGGGAUGGCAAUGACAGCCAUAAUAAAGUGACAGGACCACAGCACAACAACAGGAAUGGAGCAUUAUUGAGCAU